AUGAGUGUCGAAAAUCCUACCAGUGAUAAUGAUUGUGCCUCUGGUAAAGUAAAUGGUAAUAAAAAUGAACACGUGAAUGGAAUACACAACGGUUACAGCAGUUCGGAGAAGCACAAAAAUAGUCACAAAUCUUCAAGCAAGGAUAAGCACCGUGACAAGGAUCGCGACCACAAGAGCUCUUCGAAACACAGCAGCAGCUCAAGUAGAGAUAAAGACAAACAUUCAAGCAGUAAGAAUCAUAGUAGUUCACAUAAAUCAUCAAGCAAAGACAAAGAACGCGAUAAAGAGCAUAGAGACAAACAUAAGGAACGUUCAGAUAAAGAUAAAGACCGCAAUGAUCGGGAAAAGCAUAGGAACGACAAAGACAAACCGAAGGAGCGUAGUUAUAAAGACAAGGAAAAGAAUGAUCAGGACAGGCACAAAUCUAGUGAUGGGGGUGAUAAGAAAAGGGAUAAGGAGCAUUCAUCCAAAGAUCAGAAAUCUAAGGACAGGGAUAGGAACAGAGAUCAUGACCGCCAUAAGAGUGAUAAGGAGAAACACAGAAGUGAUAAACACUCUAGCUCUAAAGACAAAGAUAGGCACAGUUCAAAUAAACACAAGGACAAGACUAGUGGUGAAAGAUCCAAUAAAAUCAAAUCUGAUUCAGAUUCUCAAGAUACUCCUAUGAAGGAUCCUUUGCAGAUCGAUGCAUGUCACGUCAUCAAGCAAGAGUAUAAAGAAGAGAGUGAAGAUGGAUAUGCUGGUGUGAACACAACUGUAUCGUCAUGUGACUACUCCCUAUCACAAUUUAAAGAUGAGCCUUUAUCUGAACUGCCAAUGGAUGAUGAUAGUGACUGUGAGCAAGAAAUACCAUUGACUGAGAGAAAAGCAAUCAAGAAACGCGCUCCUAGUGAUGAUGAACAAGAAGCGGAUGUACCACUGCUGCAACGAAAAAAAUCUAAAAAGAAAGUAAAACGAGAACCAAGUGAAUAUGAAGAUGAUGAGGAGGAAGAAAUACCCAAAAAAAAGAAGAAAAAAGCAGAAAAACGAAAAGUUGAAAAGACGGAAUCUGAAGAUAAUCGCAGUCCUACUAAAAGGAAGAAAAAUGGAAAAGAGGAAGAACAAGAGGUUUGGAAAUGGUGGGAAGAACAGAAAAACGAUGAUGGAACUAAAUGGCGCUAUCUUGAACAUAAAGGUCCACUAUUUGCACCGCCUUACGAACCAUUACCUGCAAACGUGAAAUUUCGUUAUGAUGGAAAAGAAAUGAGACUUUCUCAGGAUUGCGAGGAAGUUGCGGGAUUUUACGCUCGUAUGCUCGACCACGAUUACACCACAAAAUCAACAUUUAACAAUAAUUUUUUCAAUGAUUGGCGCAAGGUCAUGACAUCUGAAGAAGCAAAAAUUAUUAAAGAUCUCUCUAAGUGUGACUUUAAGGAAAUGCAAGCAUAUUUUCUUAGUCAAUCUGAAAAGAAUAAAAACCGUACGAAGGAAGAAAAGGCUGCAUUAAAAGCCAAAAAUGAAGAAAUACAAAAGGAAUAUGGAUUUUGUGUAAUUGAUGGGCAUAAAGAAAAAAUAGGUAAUUUUAGAAUUGAACCUCCAGGCUUAUUUAGGGGCCGUGGUGAGCAUCCUAAAAUGGGAAUGUUAAAAAGAAGGGUUAUGCCUGAAGAUGUUUUGAUAAAUUGUUCAAAGGACAGCAAAAUUCCUAAACCACCUUCUGGACAUAAGUGGAAAGAAGUUCGACAUGAUAACACUGUCACAUGGUUAGCCUCUUGGACAGAGAAUGUUCAGGGUCAAUCAAAGUAUGUAAUGUUAAACCCAAGUUCAAAACUUAAGGGUGAAAAAGAUUGGCAGAAAUAUGAAAUAGCUCGUAAAUUACAUAAAUGCAUUGAUAAGAUACGUGAUCAAUAUCGACUAGAUUGGAAAGCAAAAGAAAUGCGUGUACGGCAGAGGGCAGUUGCUCUUUAUUUUAUUGAUCGACUUGCUUUAAGGGCUGGUAAUGAAAAAGAUGAUGACCAAGCUGAUACUGUUGGUUGUUGUUCUCUCAGAGUUGAGCACAUUGAAUUACACAAAGAAAAAGAUGGUAAGGAAUAUGUUGUUGUGUUUGAUUUCCUGGGUAAAGAUUCUAUUAGAUACUAUAAUGAAGUGCCAGUAGAAAAAAGAGUAUUUAAAAAUCUGGAACUUUUUAUGGAAAAUAAAAAAGGUAGUGAUGAUCUGUUUGAUAGAUUAAAUACUCAAACACUUAAUGAACAUUUGAAAGACUUAAUGCCAGGAUUAACUGCUAAAGUGUUCCGUACUUACAAUGCUUCAAUCACUUUGCAAAGGCAGCUAGAGGAAUUGACAGAUCCAGAUGCCUCGGUUCCAGAAAAGAUUUUAGCAUACAACAGAGCUAACCGUGCUGUUGCUAUUUUAUGUAACCAUCAACGCGCUGUUCCAAAAGGUCAUUCUAAGUCUAUGGAAGCACUAAAAGAGAAGAUACAAGCUAAAAGAGAUCAGGUUGAUGAAGCUGAAGAAGAACUGAGGGAAGCAACCAAAGCAGCAAAAAGAGGCUCAGUAAAGGAAAAACUAAAUUGUGAUAAAAAAAAGAAAGCUUUGGAGCGUCUCAAAGAACAACUGAAAAAACUAGAGUUGCAAGAGACAGACCGAGAUGAAAAUAAAACUAUUGCUCUUGGCACUUCUAAACUCAAUUAUCUUGAUCCUCGUAUUUCAGUUUCUUGGUGCAAAAAACAUGGCGUGCCUAUCGAGAAGAUAUACAACAAAACACAACGUGAUAAAUUCCGAUGGGCUAUUGACAUGGCCGGGCCGGACUAUGUCUUCUAA